UUGUCCAACAAUUUGAGUUCUUCUUCUUCUCAAAACACAACAGAAACAUCUGAAACAGAUUUACAACCAGCACCAGAACAAGUUUCACAUAGUUCUACAAGUAUGUUAACAAGAGCACAAUUUCAAGAUUUAAUUUCUCUUGAACAAUAUUCGAGUAACGAAACACAAAGCGACGACUGUAACCUCUCGCUACCCGAAUCCAUUCAAAGAAAAUACGCCAUGAAAAGACUGAAAUUGUUGUAUAAACUUCUUAACAAUUGGGGGGUCGAAGACAACACAGAUUAUAGUGAAAUGUUUAACAAAGUCAUAGAAUCUGUUAAACCAAUUGAAAACGACAUAAAAAAUCCCGGUGUUCUUGUAGACCUUUUCGCCUCAAAAUUACCAGUUACAACCAAUCUAAUAGCAACACAAGCUAUAGAGCAAUUUAUUUUAUGUUUUCCCAAGCAAUAUAGACAACACCUGAGGGAAACAAGAAUAGGAAAAUUUCAAUUGGUGUAUCCUACAACAUACAACUAUUACGAAGAAGCAAAUGAAUAUGGAGAACUCUCAUUCCAUUUCACACUUUCAGUUCCUGAGGGAGAAGAAAAAGCAAUCUAUCAUGUACAAUCUCUUGCAGGAUGUGAAGGAAAACCUCACAUAAUAACUACUGUUGCAAUUGACAAACCUGCAAGAGUCGAAGACGAUGUUUUGUUCGCGUCCAUUGCUGGUUUUGGCAUGGGAGAACCAAUUCCAAUUUCCCAUUUCACAGAAUACUCAGCACAACAUUUUCAAAAUGUAGAAUUCGUGUUCUACGACCAUCAAAAGUUCCUGCUAACAAAACCAAAGAAACAAUUUGUCUCAAUAUUUGUUGCUGGUCAUGUGGCUGACAAAGAGCCAUCAGAUACUGACUAUGAAGAAGAGGAGGAGGAAGAAGAAAACGAUAGCGAUGUCGUUCUUAUCGAAUAA